CACAGGGUCUUUGUCUGUGUCCAGGUAUAAAUGAGACAUGUUCAUACCAGCAGGACAUCAGUUCACCAACAGUUCUCUGAGAGGUCUGAGCAAACCACCGCAGUCAACAUGGGCAAGAUCAUUUUCUACGAGGAGAGAAACUUCCAGGGUCGCACCUAUGAGUGCAUGAGCGACUGCUCCGACAUGUCCACCUACCUGAACAGGUGCCAGUCCUGCAGGGUGGAGAGCGGCUGCUUCAUGGUCUAUGACCGCACCAACUUCAUGGGAAACCAGUACUACAUGAGGAGGGGCGAGUACGCCGACUACAUGAGCAUGAUGGGAAUGAGCGGUGGCAUCAAGUCUUGCCGUAUGAUUCCCAUGCACCGUGGCCAGUUCAGGAUGAAGAUCUACGAGAGGGAGAACUUCGGUGGUCAGAGCAACGAGCUGAUGGACGACUGUGAGAACAUCAUGGAGCGUUACCGCAUGUCCGACUGCAUGUCCUCCAACGUGCAGGACGGCCACUGGCUGAUGUACGAGCAGCCCCACUACAGAGGCAAGAUGAUGUACCUGAGGCCCGGAGAGUACAGGAGCUUCAGGGACAUGGGCAUGAGCGGCACCAGGUUCAUGAGCAUGAGGCGUAUCACCGACAUGUGCUAGUUGUAAAUUAUAACUUCAAUAAAUGAUAUACCUUUCUAAA